AGAUAUCUUGACACCAUGUACUCUGAUGAUGAAGAAUACACUCCCAACUAUCUAAAGCUCCCUACUUCCCUCCUCGAAGAAGAAGAACUAAACGUAGACAAAGAGAAUUUAACAUUGAGCAGAGGCAAAAAGGAUCGCUCUAAGGGUUUAACGGGUAUACAAGAAAGAUCUUCUAUUCCGGACAUGCAACAGUCAAUAGCCAUGCCCACCUGCUCUACAAGCUCUUCUAAUCCGGAUUUGCAUUCACUACCUAUGCCCACCCGCUCUACAAGAUCUUCUAAUUCGGACUUGCAUUCACUACAUAUGCCCACCUGCUCUACAAGAUCUAAUCCGGAGUUGCAUUCAGUAGCUAUGCCCACCUGCUCUUCAUCCGCAGUGGCUCUAAAACAAACUUUGGGAGAGAACUCGCUUUCACUGUCAAAACUUGGAAAAAUCGUAAGGCAAUUUGAUCUCGGAGUGGAAGAUGAGGAGUAUCUCAAGUCGGCAAUGGCGAACAACAACAUUAAGAUUAACAUGGAUCACAUAAAGAAGUUGCAGUCUAAUAUUGAUGGUCUGCAGACUUCCUCCGACUCAGUGGUGCGCUCCCUCACCGCAGUUGUGAGGGAACAGGCUAAUGUUAUAGCAGGGAUGUCGCUAACUGCAGAAAGAACUGGAAAAGGAAAUGAAGAGGACUUCAUACCACAUGGCGAGAAGUAA